CGCAGGAGGAAGUCCGCGUCGGGGUAGUUCAGACCUUCAUGGACGACGGCCUCGUGCUGAUGACGGACCGGGCCCUCACGGGCUCCGCGGAGAAGGGCUCCUUCGAGGGCAUCCUGGGCCUCGGCGUCCCCAUGGACUUCGGCCCGCAGCCCGAGCAGCAGGAGGAGACGAGAACCAGUCCGAGCCGAAGGAGGAGGACGUGCCUCGGGCGUUGCAGGACCUGGUCGACAGGACCGAUCGUGUCUGGCGCGUUCAACGGCUCCAAGGCGACCAGCAUGUUGAACGAAGUCGGCGACGACGCGGCCCCGGCCAACGAGACCAACCAGGAGAGGCCUUCCGCGAGGCCAUGCAGAGCUCAGGGCGCGGCAUCUCGGUCAAGGGCGUCAAGGCCGACGAGACGCGCGCCUACGGGCAGCAGCAGCAGUCCAUGAGCGAGCGGCCGCAGCCGAAGGGGUUCCUGGAGCAGGCG